UCUCUCUAAAAUUUUCUCUCUCCAUAAGCUCCUCCAUCUCUCUCUCUCUUCCCUCAUCUAUCCAUUUCACAUCUCUAUCUUCUCCUCUCUUAAACUACAUUUUCACCUCAUCUCUCUCCCUCAGGUAAACAAAAGAUGUAUUAAAAGCGCAAAAAAGGAAGCACACCAAAGUACACAAGAUGUAUACAAUGGCUACCAAAAGACGGCCAAAAAAGGAGAGCUUCAAGCAGAGUUAGAAAGACUGGGAAAGCUCUCCAGAUAAGAAAUGCUAAUACUUAUUUUGUUGGGAUUUGGUAUUGUGCCAUUUUGGGAAUCAGUGAUAAAGAAGGCAAAUCUUCCAUUUCCUUUGUUUCUUUCAAGUUUCUGAAAUUGGAGGUGCAAGGUUCUUGUUCUUUACUAAGAUCAGCUGUCAUCAUCAAUGUCAGAAAGUGCUAUGGCAGUUGUGAAACCUGAGAUGAAGUCUUAUAUCUGGCUCCAAACUGCUGAUGGUUCUAUUCAACAAGUUGAAGAAGAGGUUGCCAUGUUUUGCCCCAUGAUAUGCCGAGAAAUACUUCAGACUGGCAUGGGAUCUUCCAAAAAUUAUGCCAUAUCGCUUCCACAACGAGUCAAUCCUGCUAUCUUGGGCUUAAUACUUGAUUACUGUCGGUUUCAUCAAGUACCAGGUCGCUCAAAUAAGGAGCGGAAAUCCUUUGAUGAGAAGUUUAUUCGGAUGGAUACAAAAAAGUUAUGUGAGUUGACAUCUGCUGCUGACAGCCUCCAGCUGAAGCCUUUGGUUGACCUCACCAGCCGUGCACUCGCUCGAAUUAUUGAGGGGAAAACUCCUGAGGAAAUUCGUGAGACGUUUCAUUUGCCUGAUGACCUUACAGAGGAGGAGAAGUUGGAGCCCUUGAGAAACAUAACUGAUGAUCCACGGAUUCGGCUAUUGAAUAGAUUAUAUGCAAGAAAAAGGAAAGAAUUAAAAGAGAGAGAGAAAUUGAAGAAUGUUGAGGUUGAAGAGGAGCGUGUGGAUGAGCGUUCGGUGGAUGAUCUCCUGUCAUUUAUUAAUGGUGAAGAUGGAGAUUCUAAAGGGGUUAGAGCUUCUAAGAAUAAAAAAAAAAAUCGGAGAAGAAAGGAUCAAAUGAAGGACUCUUCUUCAAACAAUGUAAAUGGAGACCAUAAAAAGGAGUUGGAUGGAGUUCACACAUCUUGCCAUAAUGCCGAGGCUGAUGAAAUUUUGGUGUCCACCCCUAGUAAAACUUCAAAAUUGCAGGAACUUCCUGCUUCUACCUUUUCACCUAAACUUGAGUUUGACGAUGGAGAUAUUGAUGAUGAGUUAGAUCCUGCAAUGAAGGAACAACUUGACAGGGAAGUGGAGGAUUUUGCUCGAAGAUUGAAUUCAGAUUGGCCGGAAAGAAUGCAAGAAAUUCUCUCUCUGGGUCAACAAAGAAGGCUUGUACCAAUAUCUAUGAAUGGGAAUGGUUCUGCUCAUAGGUUUGGACAGCAGAUAAUGAUCCCCUAAUAGAUAGCUCAUUUCCCAGAAAGCGGUUCAGCUUGAGUGUUGUAGAGAAGACGCUCGAGCAGGAGCGUCCUGCAGCCAGAACAUAGAAGAUAUGGCAAUGGUUUUUGGUGUGGACAGCAUGUAAGUAUAUUUGUUUGUUUUGCCAUCACCAAGAUGCAAUUUUAGUCCUGUUUUGGCAUCCUGUAUGUUGGGGAAAAAAAGGAAGGAAAAAAAAAAGGAAACCAAAAACGAACUAUUGAGACAAUUUGGGCAAAAUCUGCCCAUUUGUCUUUGACCUUGUUUUGUUUUUGCGGUUGUUUGUAACUUUCAGCCAUUGACAUGGGCUAUCUUCUGCACUUUAUGGAAAUCAUGUUGAUUUCACUUUUCUGCCCAUAUUAAUUGUUUUGAAAUCUUUCAUUAACAUUAUUGGUGGGAUUUCAUGAAGAAAAUCAACUUCUAAACCGGGGAAUUAUCAGACAAGUUUUUCUUUUACCAAGCCUUACAUUUGAGAACAUCUUCUGUUUUGAACUGGUUUAUAAUAGUAACUAGAGGAAGAGCAAGGUAGAAGAUGGAAGAGAAAUGGCUACUUUUCUCUUUAAUUUCGGCUUCUUCUGCGCUUCUGUUGAAGUUGAUCUGAGGAGAGAAAUGCAGUUUCACCUUGUACAGUUAGCAUUUUGUUGUCCCAAAUAAGCUCAGAUGUGGAAUACUUGAUGGAGAACCAAGACUGAGCUUCAUGUAAUGUGAUGGCUAACAUAUGUUCCAUAUUUUAUACAAUUCUCAAUCUUCAUAGAAAACUGAGUUAUGUUUUUUGGGCACUGAAUCUGAAUCUUAGUGAAUGUAUGAAAGAGAUGACCUCCAGAAAUCCUCCCAGCUUGAAAUGCAUUCUGAAAUAAAUUCACAUUA